CCGUAAGAAGAGUCUUUUAUCGGCGAUGGGAGUCCCGGCGUUUUUCCGCUGGCUGAGCCGUAAAUACGCGUCGAUCAUUGUUCACUGUGUGGAGGAGAAGGGGAAAGAAUGCAACGGAGUCCGCAUCCCCGUAGAUACGACCAAGCCCAACCCGAAUGAGGUGGAAUUUGACAAUUUGUACUUGGAUAUGAAUGGGAUCAUUCAUCCUUGUACUCAUCCAGAAGACAAAGCCGCCCCCAAAAAUGAAGAUGAGAUGAUGGUCGCCAUUUUUGAGUACAUCGACCGUCUGUUCAAUAUCGUACGGCCCAGGAGAGUCCUCUACAUGGCCAUCGAUGGCGUGGCUCCUCGCGCCAAAAUGAACCAGCAGCGCUCUCGGCGUUUCCGUGCCUCCAAAGAAGGAGUUGAGCUGCAGGAGGAGAAGGGCCGCAUACGGGAGGAGAUCAUCCAGAGAGGAGGUUAUCUUCCACCUGAGGAGAUCAAAGAGCGCUUUGACAGCAACUGCAUCACUCCAGGAACAGAGUUCAUGGACAACCUGGCACAGUGUUUACGGUACUACGUCGCAGACAGACUCAGCAACGAUCCAGGAUGGAAGAACGUCACAGUCAUCUUGUCUGAUGCGAGUGUUCCAGGUGAAGGUGAACAUAAGAUCAUGGACUACAUCAGGAGACAGAGAGCUCAACCCAACCACGACCCCAACACACACCACUGCCUGUGCGGAGCCGACGCUGACCUGAUCAUGCUCGGUCUGGCUACCCACGAGCCAAACUUCACCAUCAUCAGAGAGGAGUUCAAACCCAACAAGCCCCGCCCCUGUGCCCUCUGCGGACAGAUAGGUCACGAGAUCAAAGACUGCCAGGGGACGCCCAGAGAGAAACAGGGAGAGCAUGAUGAGUUUGCAGGCUCAGUGCCGACGUCUGAACAGGAGUUCAUCUUCAUCAGGCUGUGUGUGCUGCGGGAGUACCUGGAAAAAGAGCUGACCAUGGCCAGUCUGCCGUUUCCCUUCGACUUUGAGCGCAGCGUGGACGACUGGGUCUUCAUGUGUUUCUUCGUCGGAAACGAUUUCCUGCCCCACCUGCCGUCCUUGGAAAUCAGAGAGGGGGCGAUCGAUCGACUCGUCAACAUCUACAAAGACGUCGUGCACAAAACAGGAGGCUACCUGACAGAGAACGGCUUCGUCGACCUGGAGCGCGUGGAGAUGAUCAUGCAGGCUGUGGGCGUGGCCGAGGACAACAUCUUCAAGAAACGCAAAGAGGAUGACGAAGGCUUUAAGAGGAGAAAUAAAGAAAAGAAAAAGAGAAUGAAAGCACAGGCAGAGCAGCGAGGCCCCGCCUACCUGACCUCAGGCCAGUUUGCCCCUCAGGCGCUGGGGAGGAGAGACCGGCCCGAGGCCGUCCAGAAUGCUCGACAUCAGGCUUACGACAUGAGGAUGCAGUCCAACAAGGACGCUGCUCAGUCAAUGAAGGCCAUGAUGAAGAACGGAGGAAAUUCGUCUGCAGGUCCCAGCGACGGCUCAGACAGCAGGGGGGUGAAGAGGAAAGCGGAGGACAGCGACAGCGAGCCGGAGCCUGAAGACAACGUCAGGUUGUGGGAGGAAGGCUGGAAGCAGAGAUACUACAAGACCAAGUUUGACGUGUGUGUGACCGACGAGGAGUUCAGGAAGAAGGUGGUGAAGUCGUAUGUGGAGGGUCUCUGCUGGGUGCUGCGCUACUACUACCAGGGCUGUGCCUCCUGGAAGUGGUACUUCCCGUUUCACUACGCCCCGUUUGCCUCUGACUUCAAAGACAUCAAAGGGAUGUUCACCGACUUCGAGAAGGACACCAAACCUUUCAAGCCCCUGGAGCAGCUGAUGGGAGUGUUUCCUGCAGCCAGCGGUAACUUCCUGCCUGAAACGUGGCGAGUUCUCAUGAGCAGUCCGGAUUCCUCCAUCAUCGACUUCUACCCCGAUGACUUUGCCAUCGAUCUCAACGGCAAGAAAUACGCCUGGCAGGGUGUGGCCUUGUUGCCCUUCGUGGAUGAACGCCGGCUGUGGGCGGCUCUGGCUGACGUCUACCCCGACCUCACAUCUGAGGAAA